CUGAAGCAGAUGGAGGUGCAGCUGGAGGAGGAGUACGAGGACAAGCAGAAGGUGCUGAGAGAGAAACGGGAGCUGGAGAGCAAGUUGUCCGCUGUCAGCGAGCAGGCCAACCAGCGGGACUUUGAGACGGAGAAGCGCCUGCGCCGGGACCUGAAGAGGACGAAAGCGCUGCUGGCUGAUGCGCAGAUCAUGCUGGACCACCUGAAGAACAACGCGCCCAGCAAGAGGGAGAUCGCCCAGCUCAAGAACCAGCUGGAGGAGUCAGAGUUCACCUGCGCGGCCGCCGUCAAGGCCCGCAAGUCGAUGGAGGUGGAGAUUGAAGACCUCCACCUGCAGAUCGACGACCUCGCCAAGGCGAAGGCAGCGCUGGAGGAGCAGCUGAGCCGGCUGCAGCGGGAGAAGAACGAGGUGCAGAGUCGGCUGGAGGAGGACCAGGAGGACAUGAAUGAGCUGAUGAAGAAGCACAAAGCGGCUGUGGCCCAGGCGUCCCGGGACCUGGCGCAGAUGAACGACCUCCAGGCGCAGCUGGAGGAGGUCAGCAAGGAGAAGCAGGAGCUGCAGGAGAAGCUGCAAGGCCUGCAGAGCCAGCUGGAGUUCCUGGAGCAAUCCAUGGUGGACAAGUCGCUGGUGAGCCGGCAAGAGGCCAAGAUCCGAGAGCUGGAGACCAGGCUGGAGUUCGAGCGGACGCAAGUCAAGCGCCUGGAGAGCCUGGCCACGCGGCUCAAGGAGAACAUGGAGAAGCUGACGGAGGAGCGGGAUCAGCGCGCGGCCGCCGAGAACCGGGAGAAGGAGCAGAACAAGCUUUUUUUUGAUGUCAAGGAGGAGAUGGGCGAGCUGGCCAAGAAGGAGGCGGAGGCCAGCCGCAAGAAGCAUGAGCUGGAGAUGGACCUGGAGAGCUUGGAAGCUGCCAACCAGAGUCUGCAGUCAGACCUGAAGCUGGCCUUCAAGCGCAUCGGGGACCUGCAGGCGGCCAUCGAGGAUGAAAUGGAGAGUGACAGCAACGAGGACCUCAUCAACAG